AUGUUUCGGCUCAAGUUGGAGGUGCUCACUGCCGUCGCGGCGUGGGCUUUCACCUCGGCUUGUCAUAGCUUGCCUGGCGCCUGCAGUUACCUUGAGGGCCACUGCCCAAGAGGCGAUAGUGACCUGACGGCCCUCGGGGAUAGCCUUUCGAGCACUGCCAAGGUGUAUUUUCCCGGCUCGAGCGGUUUCCAGAAUGCCACCACGCGGUGGUCUGUUCUGGCAGAACCGAAGGUGAACGUCGUUGUCGUUCCCGGUACGGAGAAUGAUGUUGUUGAGACAGUGAAAUAUGCUAAUAAGAAGGGCCUUCCUUUUCUCACGUACAACGGUGUGCACGGUGCCCUCGUUUCGCUCGGCAAGAUGGACCACGGUGUCGGCAUCUCUCUGGACCAGCUUAGCAGCGUCGAGGUCGCUAAAGAUGGAAAGACGGCCAAGAUUGGUGGAGGAACCAUGGCCAAGACGGUCACCGACGAGCUUUGGGCUGCGGGAAAGCAGACCGUCACUGGAACCUGUGAAUGUGUUAGUCUUCUGGGACCCGCGCUUGGGGGUGGACACGGAUGGCUUCAGGGUCACCACGGGCUUGUCUCGGAUCAGUUCGUUUCCAUGAAUGUUGUCCUUGCCAACGGUACCUUAACCGAAGUCGACUCAAACUCCGACCUUUGGUGGGCGAUGAAAGGUGCUGGUCACAACUUCGGCAUCGUGACCUCUCUUACAACCAAGGUCUACGAUAUCGAACAUAAGGACUGGGCGAUCGAGACCCUCAUUUUCAGCGGUGAUAAGGUCGAGGCUGUCUAUCAAGCCGCCAACGACUACCUUGUGAAGAACGGCACGCAGUCUGUGAGCGUGACGAACUGGUCGUACUGGAUGAAUAAUGCCGAUGCCGACCCUAACAACCCCGUCAUUGUAUUCUAUAUCAUCCAGGAGGGCGUGAAGGUCGUCGAUUCGGUUUACACCCAGCCCUUCCACGACAUUGGACCUCUGUCCGUCACUCCCAAAGCAGGUACUUACAAGGACCUAGCUGCAUGGACCGGCAUCGCCCUUUCGUCUCCUCCAUGCCAGAAGGCCGGGUUUGCCAACCCCCGUUUCCCUAUCUACCUCCAAGCAUACAACGUUCCUGCCCAGAAGAAGGCGUGGGAUAUCUACGCCCCCGCCAUCCGCGGAUCCUCCGCCUUCAAUAACUCGAUCUUAAUGUUCGAGGGCUACUCUGUUGAAGGUGUUCACGCGAUCGAUAGCGAGUCAAGUGCUUUCGCCUUCCGUAGCGAGAACCUGCUUGCCGCCCCGCUCAUCAACUACAUCCCUGCCGGUCCGACCCUUGAGCGCAAGGCAGCCAAUCUGGGUAACCAGCUUCGCAACAUCCUCUUCGAGGGCACAGGGCGCAAGGACAUCCGCGCCUAUAUCAACUAUGCUUACGGAGAUGAGACGUCCCAGCAGAUUUAUGGCAGUGAGAAGUGGCGUCUACAGCGUCUGCGGGCUCUAAAGCACAAGUACGACCCCCAGGGCAAGUUCAGCUUCUACGCUCCCAUCGCAUAG